UUAUUAUUAUUGUUAUUAUUAUUGUAGGUCUUUUACUAAAAACAUAGGAACUUAAAUCAUCAUAACCAGUCACUUCAACUGAUUGUAGAACUGAUUGACCUGAUUUGCAUUCCAAGCAUCUUUAUUUUACUUAUAGCGCUCAAAUCAAUUUCGCAUAAUUUGUAACAUGAGUUGGGAACUGGCUUCUCAUCCAAUAGGAAAAAAGCGCGCGAAGAAAUGAAUCAUUUCAUCAAAGAAUUCCACUGCUUGCAAUCCAUUCAACGUUCUUUUACACUGUAUUCUCUGUAUUCAAGCGCUUUUUAACGAUUGUACAAUUAUGACACUGUUUUAUGCUGUCGAAUUUCCGUGCGAAGAAGAUGAGAAAUCUAGAGGUCCAUUCGUAAUAACCAAAUCGAGGAUAAGAGACUGUGGAGACCAAAGGGUAGUAGUUGAGUGGGAUGUCGUGGAUUCGUUUGGGAACAUUCAAAAGAAAGACUAUGAAGGAAUUUCGCUAAUGCAAGGCACUAAAAAAGAAUGCACUGACUUCAUUGAUCGUUUAAGGAUAAGCCGGCAACAAGCAGAAAUCAAUAAUAAGGAAAGCAGGACCCGCAAAAAAACCUUCCAAACUGAACGAUUACAUCACUUUAGAAGAAGAAGACUGCAAGACUCCUAAAACAGGUACAGCUUCUUUGGCCAAAUGUGAUCAGUCAAGAGCUCUGAAGUUGAUGUUCAUACGAAGAAAUACAAUAAACAAAACUAUCAACAUCGAGAAAGAAAGUUGACUGCCAAGAAAUUCGUACAUUUUCAAGUUCUUCGGAUGACUCCAGUGAUGAUGAUUGUAUGAGUGCCAGAGAAAAGAAGGAGAAAUCCGAUUCGAAGAAAAAAGCUCCGACGGGGGCGGAAAAAAGUCUUACUCAACAUCGAGAAAGAAAGUUGACUGCCAAGAAACGAAAAAUUCCUACAAUUUCAAGUUCUUCGGAUGAUUCACUUGAUGAUGACUGUAUGAGUGCCAGAGAAAAGAGAGAGAAAUCAAAGGGGAACAAAAAAGAGACGGGAGCGAAAAAAAAGCCGAUAAAAAGUCUCACUUCUCAAAAAGCACUGAUGGAUGAAAACGCCGACAAGCAAUCAAUGGAUAUAGAGAAGGAACGACAGAAAUCCUUGACCGUCAAAGUCAACAAAAUUCAUGGACAUGAAACAAUUGAAUUUACAGUGAAUGUGAAGUCUGACAUAACUGUCGAGGAAUUGAAGAAAAAGCUCUCCGGUACUACUGGAAUACCAGAAGAAGAAAUAAUUCUGAUGAUUCGCGGUGAGUCCUGUCGUGACCUUCAUGUAAAGAUAAAAGAGAUUUGGUCACCUCAAGAUAUUAUUGGGGUAAUACGUUCUACUGAUCCUGAUGUCACAAGUGUCAAGUCGGACACUUCAUUCGAUGGAACCCAGUUUGAUGAUGAUAAUUGGAUUGGUAAGGAAGAAUAUCCAAGUACAGAAUUUGAUGGCACUUCCCUUGAUGCCAAUAAAACCGAUAUUGAAAGUCAAGUGAAGAAUUUCAGCAGUGGGGAUUUUGCCACGAAAGAAGAAAUAAUGUUGAUCUCAAAAGAGAUCAAGGAGAUGCAACAACAGCUUUACAAAAUGGAGCACCUCCUCAGAGGAUUUGCAUCCUGUAAGCAAUGCGUCAAGAGAUUUUACAAAAAUGCAAAAGAGGAUAACUCAACAGGCUCUGUAGUGAAGUCACUUCAUACUCAAUUCCAACCGCCACUAACACCUGAUCACCACCAAUCACCUGCAGCGCAUGCCGAUCACCAAUCACCAAUACCCGAGCAUAGCAUAAUCACUACAACCAGCUGCAAGGCAGCCUCAUCUGGAUUACCAGAAUCUGAUGCAAAACCUGAUUUGGUGAUGCUGGGAAAUCCUAAACAUGGAAUAUGUGUAAACAAAGACACCCUCAGCAAAAUAAGCAACACGAAAGCUAAAAACUAUGCACUAAAGCUAUUUGAGGUUUUAUUCAGCCGUGAGGAAGCUGCAAUAAUAAUAAUAAAGACUUUAUUUCAACAGGGUAGCCCUUUCAGCAACUAGGCUGAUAUCCAUAGGGGCCCUGCAUAUAAAACAAUAAACUAAUUACAAACUAUAAAAAUAUAUACUUCACUAUAUACAAACUAAUUCUAUGAUAAAAUCUGAAAAAAUCCUAACUAAUAAUUAUAUAAA